CCUAUUUGCCUCACUUUUCCAGCCAUAAACCCGGAAAAACAAAAGCGCCUUCUGACAUCCCUGAGCAGUCGCCUACUUAAUAAGAUUCAUCAUGUCUGCCUCGAUUGCACCCGAGUGCAAUGAUAUCAAAGAGAAAUAUGACACCUGCUUUCUCAAAUGGUACAGUGAAAAAUACCUUCGUGGCAAUACAACAUCCAAUGACUGCGAAGAGCUGUUCUCUAAAUACAAGACAUGCUUAAAUAAAGUGUUGAAAGAAAAAGGCAUAGAUUCUAUGCUGGAAGAUGCUCGGAAGGGUAACGCCGAGAAUGAUGCCGAGCACCUUCGGAGGAGUUGAUCUUUAGCUUCAUUAUACAUGCCUCAUCUCCGCUCUUCAUACAGACUAAUAAACAAGCAAAGGGGUCCAAUAGCUUGAAAUAUUGUUAUUGUUAAUGGCCAGACCACAUCUCAAUCUGCCAUGAAUGGCCAAGCUUUUGCGGCGCAAGUUCUCUUGCAAUAUUGGUUGGCAGCUCAGCUUGGUCUCGGGCUCAUUGUCCGGAUAUCUGGCAACAUAAUGUUGGUUCCUGGAAACGCCAAUUAUUUGCAAGUCAGUUAUGGCUUCAGGUGUGCCACAAUGUCUACUAUGGCUUCUUUGGAAAGUCUCACCUCAACUUGUUGAUUUUAACAAUUCUGUACUAACACGGCUACGCUCAUGUAUUUUAUAUUUCUGUAAACUAGAUUAUUCCUCGGAGCAUACAGCAUUUAGCGACUCUUCACUUGAUAUGAUUGAUGUGGUCCGUGGCAUUCAGUAUAUUUAGCGGGACAUGGGACGUCAGGGAGCGAAGGAUGAUCUAGUCUGGAGUAUUUUACUUGAACUAUACAGAACAUGGGAACGACCAACUCACC